AUGCUGCCGAGACUGUACAAGCAGCGCUCACCCUCCAUCACGGCCCCUUACCAGUUCUUCUUCAUGGGGAGCUACAUUGUUCUCCUUUACUACCUUCUCAUCUACUUCCAGACUAUUCUCGGCGCGAGUCCUAUCCAGUCCGGUGUUGACAACCUCCCUCUCAUGUUCGCCCUUGCCGGCGGAGGUGUCGUUAUGAAAACGGGUUGCGCACAGCAGGUUAUGUUCGUCGGAUCAAUGCUUGGUACCGUUACAAUUGGCCUAAUCUACACUCUCGAUAUUGGCUCCUCGACUGGGAAGUGGGCUGGCUAUCAAGUUUUCGUCGGCGCCACUCCGUCAUUUGUCAUGAUGCAUAGCUUGACUGUUGCCCAAGCCAACGUUGGCCCCGAAGACCUCUCUACCGUCACAGCCAACCUUUUGUCCUUUCAGACAGUUGGAGGUGCAUUUAGCAUUUCGUCGGGACAAGCAGCCUUCAUUAACCGACUUCUUGCCACUCUGCCGAAGACGGCCCCUGACGUGAAUCCAGCCCUGGUGCUUGCGACAGGCGCCUCCGAGCUGCAUAAUGUCUUCCCGCCGGACGUGCUUCCUGGAGUCCUCGAGGCGUACAUGAUCGGUAUCAAGGCCGCCUUUUCAGUUGUAGUUGCCUUCGCUGGUACGGCGUUCUUGUUGACCUUUGCCAUUCCCAUGAAGAAACUUCCGAGUCAUGCAACAGGCGAAGCUCCCAUUGCGAUGGUCAAGGAAGCUGGCACCAAUGGUCGCGCCACCACAAAUGACGGCAAUGCCGAGGCACAUGCAGGACAUGAAGAAUCCGACUGUAAUGCCGACGAGGCUGUUGAACCAGGCACUGGAGAGGGAGCAGCCCAAAAGAAGAAGAACAAGAAGCGAAAGCCUAAUAAGAAGCAGAAGGCCCCCGCCGUCCAGACCAACCCUCCUAGCAUGUUGAUGUCGCAACUGUUCCCCAACAAUACCUAAUAUAAACUUCGUUAUACUACCCCUAACCGUAUAAUUAAAUCCUAUCCAAGAUACCUGAUAUAUAUACGACUUACAGAACGAAUAUAGAUAUACGUAUCUGUUCUUUAAUCUUUGUAAAUGUAGCCCGGAUGCUAUUAUCCCUAGGGUUAUCAGGAGAGCCUCCCC